UAGAUGAUCCCUAGCCAGACAAGACGUUCACGACGAAAUACUUCUAGAGGACUGAGAUUUAAGUCACUGAGAGUGAUAGCUCAUAUCUUAUCAUAUUCAAUAACAAUCGAAGAGGCAUCAUGAAGAUCACACUUUCUGCGCUCGUUCUUGGCCUUCUUCCGUUGGCCUUGGGCAAGUCCAUCAUCGUCACUUAUCCUAAAGAUACGCCUCAAGAUGUGUAUGAGAAUGAAAAGAAAUCUUUCGAGAAAGCUGGUGGCCAUAUCACUCAUGAAUAUCAACUGUUCAGAGGGUUUUCUGCAGAUGCCCCGGCCGAUGCCAUUCGGGUCUUCUCGACCCAGACAAAAUACAAGCCUUGUAUUGAAGAAGAACAGGUCGUCACCGCUGUUGGUGGCUCUCACUGAGCGGAAUAUGCGAUUUUCAUAAUCAAAAAUGGGGAGUCCUAUUAUGAUUACUGGCGUUCUUCGCUGCACUCAUGCCUUGGCUGGUCCUGGGCUCAGGCUUGACGGACUGGACUCUGGCCGGUUAUUAACGAAUGGACGACUCUUGGUUUCGAGACAUGCAAUUGUGAAUUAAUUUUGGGUUUGUUAAAGUCUUCAUUUUCUGAUAUAUCUCUGAUCUAUCAAAGAGGCGUCCUU